AUGCAUUCCCUCCCAUCCUCCCCCGAGACUCUCACACUACACCUCGCAAUCUUAAUCUGCGAGGUCCUCCCGCCGGUGGUCUCCUGCCUGCGCGGUCCCUUUGACCAGAUCUUCCAAAACUUUUUCGAUCGUGGCGCGAAACGGCUCUCGAAUGGUAACAACAACGAUUACAAUGACGAACAACAGUGGCCCGGACUCAGAAAGCAGAUCAAAGUCAAAACUACGCCGUACAACGCCACAGCCUUCCAGCUGCCGGACGCCGAGGCUUUGGAGGGGCUCGAUGCCCUGGUCGUCACGGGGAGCUCGGCGGGGGCGUAUGAGGAUAUCGAAUGGGUGAAGCAUCUUCAAAGGUUCUUGCAAGAUACAUACCAGCACCACCCCAAGGUAAAAAUCUUCGGAACCUGUUUCGGCCACCAAAUCAUCAACCAAUCUCUGUUCGCACACACCGGCGGACUUCACGUCAUGAAGAAUCCACGGGGCUGGGAACUCGGGGUGUACGAAAUCACCAUCAACCCAAAGUUCGCCAGCUGCUUUCCCCGGCAGCUGAAGUCUGCUGCUGCUGCCCGAGCCGCGUCGUCGUCGGAGCGAAUCCAGCUCCAGCUCUCGCACCAGGACACGGUCGUCGUCACCCAGAGUGCACAGUUGCCUCCUGAAUGUGUGGAGGUGGGAUUCACGGACCUCUGCGGCAUGCAGGGGAUGUACGUGCCCGGUCGGGUGCUGACGCUGCAGGCGCAUCCGGAGUUCGAUCGCGAGGUGAACGGCGCGUGUAUCCGUGAGAUUGUCGGGGCGGGUUGGCCCAUAGAGGAGACCAGGGAAUACUUGCGUUUGACAGACAAGGACGACGACGCCGCCCUGAUGGAAGAGGUGGUGAUGGAGUUUUUGCUUCAGGGCUCCAAAGCUUGA